AUGUAUCGGUUUGUUCGAUCUCAAAGUUUUAUAUCUGUUCCAAUGGCAUCGCUGGUCUCAACUUCAAAGGCCAUUGGGCAGAUGUUUAAGUGCAAUAACGGAGGUAGACAGUUAAUCAGAUGCUUAAGGAACAAUUCCAAAGUAGAAAAUCGAUGCUUCAGAAGCAUUUCAAGAGUUGAAACAUAUCAAUCAGUUGUUAAUAGUCAUGAUCAUGAAGUAGUAUUGCCUUUUUCACAUUUUAGUAGGAGUAUUCAAAGGAGAGGAUUUCUUGGCAUUGGUGAUGGAGAUGAAGGGAAUAAAAGUGGUUUAUCAAAAGUUCAUGAGGAGAAUUGUAUUAUGGGAUAUUCCCCAGAGCAAUUGUAUGCAGUUGUUGCUGCUGUUGACAUGUAUCAAGAUUUUCUUCCAUGGUGUAGAAGAUCAGACAUAGUGAAACGUCAUUCUGAUGGAUCCAUUGAUGCUGAGCUGGAAAUUGGUUUUAAGUUUCUUGUUGAAAGCUAUGUCUCUCAUGUCAAAUUAAUCAAACCCAAAUUAAUCAAGACAACUGCAUCAAAAAGUAGCGUUUUCCACCAUUUAAUAAACAUUUGGGAGUUUAAUCCAGGACCUGUUCCAGGGACUUGCAACCUUCAUUUUGUUGUGGAUUUUAAGUUCCAAUCACCAUUAUAUUCACAGGUAGCAUCCAUGUUCUUCAAGGAGGUGGUGUCGCGACUGGUGGGUUCGUUCAGUGAUCGCUGCCGUUUAAUUUAUGGGCCAGGGGUUCCGGUUAAUAAAUCAUAAAUCAUAAAUUAUAAAUUAAUAGUUAUAAUCAUAAUUAUUCUAUUUUGUGUACAUGAAUUAGUUUCACGACUUCUGUUUUUAAAUUGAUGUUUUAUUGUUAGCGUUAUUCUUAAUA